AUGUUAAAGUUUUUGAAAAAGAUUGAUAAUCCAAGUUCAAGUUCUUUAUCAGAUCAACAUGAAACAGUACAUAAAGACACCAAGGAACGCACCUCUACCUCAAAACAUGUAAAAAUUGAUUUAAAUACACUCCCAGCGGAUCCAGGAGAAAGACCAAGUAUGGAAGUUUAUCAUGCCAAUCAACGAGAUGAAAUUAGAAGAGCGUAUUUACAAAAAGGACUUUAUCAACCUCGAAAACAUUCGUUCGAACAAAGAGGGAUUGGAGGUAAACGUUGUAGAUUUAAUCCCUCUUGGUUUGAUGAUUAUAAAUAUUCGUUGGAAUAUAGUGUAAAACUAGAAGCUGCAUUUUGUUUAUGUUGUUAUUUGUUCAAAUCUGAGAUAAAAAAUCAAGGUGAUUCAGAUUAUUUUGUAAAAGUUGGAUUUAUGACUUGGAACAAGAGAACAUCUCUAGAACUUGAUAAUAAUGGAAGUCCACACAAUACGGCAGUCCAAAAAUGUCAAAUUUUGAUGAAUCAAAGACGGUUCAUAGCCACUGCUUUUGAUAAGCAAACCGAAUUGAUGAAAAACAAGCAUCGUAUUAGAUUAAAUGCUUCCAUUGAUUGUGUUAGAUUUUUAUUGCGACAAGGAUUACCUUUUCGGGGUCACGAUGAAAGUGAAGACUCGAGUAACAGAGGUAACUUUCUUGAACUUCUUCAAUUUUAUGUUGAUCGAAAUGAUAAAGUGGGAAGUGUUGCUUUAAAGAAUGCUCCACGAAAUUCACAAAUGAAAAGUAGUUCUAUUCAAAAAGACAUAGUACAUGCUACAGCGAAGGAAACUAUUAAAGUUAUUAUAAAAGAUGUCAGAGAUGAUUUUUUUGCAAUUUUAGUAGACGGGUCACGCGACAUGUCUUGUAAGGAGCAAAUGGCAUUGGUUUUGAAGUUCAUAAACAGUCAAGGAGUUGUUAUAGAAAGAUUUGUUGGUAUAAAACAUGUAAAUGAUACUUCAGCUUUGUCACUUAAGGUGACUAUUUAUUCAUUUUUGUCAAGAUGUGGAUUGAGUCCACAUAGGAUCCGAGGACAAGGCUAUGAUGGAGCUAGUAACAUGAGAUGUGCAUUUAAUGGAUUGAAGACCUUGAUUAUGAAAGAAGUGCAAUCGGCACAUUAUAUUCACUGUUUUGCUCAUCAGUUACAAUUAGCACUUGUACAAGUUAAGGAGACUCAAGCAACAAAAUUGGUGGAAGCACUUGUUGCAGGUGACAUUUCAAAUGGUACAUGUUUGAAUCAAGAAAUUGGUAUUAAACGACCCGAUGAUACUUAUUGGGGUACUCAUUUUGGUUCACUUUCUAAUAUAAAGAGAAUAUAUUCUUCGAUUUGUGAACUAGUCAAAUACAUCAUGAAAGAUAGGGUCACAAAUGAUUUGAACACCACAUUACAAAAUAAAGACCAAGAUAUUGUAAAUGCAAUGCAUCAAGUGAGGUCUUGUAAGGAGAGACUGAAAGAAAUGAAGAACGAAGGAUGGGGGCCAUUUUUAAACGAUGUUACUUUGUUCUGCAAAAAACAUGAUGUUGAAAUUCUGAAUAUGGAAGAUCCAUAUUAUGAUGGAGUAAGUCGCCGCAAAGAGUCAAAGAUUAACUGCUUGCACCACUACAAGGUUGAUGUAUUUGUUGUGGUCGUAGAUAUGCAAUCUCAGGAGCUCAACAAUCGGUUUAAUGAAGUAAACACGACAUUACAUGUUUCUAUGGCUUCUUUAUGUCCAAGUAAGUCUUUUAAAGCAUUUAAUGUGGAAGAAUUGCUCAAAAUGGCUAAAUUUUAUCCUAGCGAGUUCCCAGAACAUGAGCUUGGAGCACUUAAAACAAACCUGCAAAAUUACAUUAUAGAUGUGCGUGGAGAUCCAAGGUUUAAUAACUUAAAAGGAAUUGGAAACUUGGCAAAGAUGAUGGUUGAAACAAACAAGCAUACAAUAUAUCCAAUGAUAUAUCUUCUACUAAAAUUAGCAUUGAUUUUGUCGGUUGUAACAUCCAUCGUGGAACGAGCAUUUUCAGCAAUGAAGUUCAUAAAGAACGAUUUACGCAAUAAGAUGAGUGAUCAAUUUAUGAAUGAUUGUCUAGUGUCAUAUGUUGAGAAAGAUGUGUUAGAUAGUAUUAGCAACAAUGCAAUUAUAGAUUAUUUUAGAAAUAUGAAACCUUGUCGUGAGCAAUUUUAA